AAAGAAAAAGUAGAAAAAAAAACAACACUGAAAAAUUACAACACAAAAAUUGUAUUCCUCUUGUUUCUAAAUCAAAAAAACGACUUAAAUCGAAAAUAAUUCACUUUUAAAAUGACCAGAAAAUAAAAACCAAAUCACAUCCUUCAUUAUGUUAUUCAAAAUUCUAAUAUGUGUCCUUGUGUUUCUUGUGUUUUUCUAUUGGUUCGUGCCGACAAGUAUAAGUUGGUAUCUUGUGAGAAAACUCAAAGCCAAGGUCCGUAUUGGACGCAUAAGCAUACGAAUUUUAGCUUUGAAAAAUGUUAACAUUAGCAAGAGUGGAUUUUCAGUGCAAAUUGAAGAGAUAUGCCUUCGAAGUAGUUUCUUCAAUACCGAAGUCUCAAAAUUGCUAUCUAUUUACAUUCGUGACAUCAGAAUCAAUAAAGAUAUUGAUACAAAGCAGAAUGAUGGCUCAUCCCCUGUUGAUAUUCUUAAAGAGUUGGAGAGUCUUCAGAAUCAGAAGAAGAAAAAUGAACGCAAAGGAAUGCCCGAUUUUCGACAGGCAAAAGUACCUCCGAGUAUCAUAACUUUUGCUCAAUUUAUGGCAGUUCAUGUUAACAAUAUUUCUGUGGUUCUUAUGAACAAUGACUUCGAACCAGGCUGGUUCCUUCAUGCAACCGCUAAAGAACUCCACUUAGAUGGAAGUAUUGUUCACAACGAAAAGACUCUUCUUGUCAAUGCUAUCCUCAAUGAAGCACAGGCCAAAAUCCUUCGACACUGUCCAUCAAGACGACAAUCUUUGGAGAAUUUAAAUAAAAUAAGACCCUGUUUGGCAGAGCUUAGUUUUGACAUAGCUCUCGAUGGAAUACUCUUUGCCCAUGGACCUCUAUCAGUAGAUAAAUUAUCGUUAUCUAUGAAUAAUGCAAAAUCCACAAUUCACGGAGGUCUCUAUGAUUUUCUGCGUGAAGCCAAACAACGUAAAAAACCUGCUGAAGUUAAAGUCAUCGAACCAACGCUACCUAAAAAACCAUACAACAAUGAGGCAUAUCAAAAAAUUGCUCCAAUUAUUCCAAAGAAUUUUAGUUUUAUAAUAAAAGCUGCAACAUUUUCGGCAGUUAAAGAAAAUUCACAAAACGAUUUUAGUGCUAAAAUGCAACUUUUUACAAUAACUGGAAAAUUUAAUUCCAAGUCAUUGAACGAAAAUGUCCAUUUACCAACUUUGUAUACAAAAAUAUCUCUACAACAUCUCGACAUUGAUACGAAAUUCGAGAAGCUCCUAUUUAUCGAGCAAUUCACCAUUGAUUCUGUGUUGGAAAAUGAUAUGGUGAAUCUUUAUCUCAAACUGAAGACCUUCCAACUCAUUUACAAUCACAGUGAAAUCUACAAUUGGAUCAACAACAACUUCCUCUCUCAAACUAAACCCCAACCUCUGCUUCUAUCCCAUUUAACUGAGGAUUCGGCUUCCAAGCCGUUGUCACAAAAUAACAGCUUCAUGGAAUGGAUAUUGAAGCGAGUUGUUAUCAAGGGAUGUGCAGAACUUUGGAACGUGUCAACUCUGGUCAAACUUGACGAACAAAAUGCGGCGAUGAGUGUUAGUCACACAAGGCUACUCCUUGAACAAUUUGAUGAGAAACGUAGCAAUCGAUAUAAGACCGAGAUAUUGAAUCUUCUCCUCGAUCAACGUCAUUGGAGCACCGAACUGAUGAUAGAGUCGCUGUGGUGGUCAUUGGGUAAUUCAAUCAAUGACACAAAUAACCUUAAGAAAUCUCAUUCCCCUGGUAGUCCAUUCUUUUUGGGAGUGAGUCUUGUCAAGUUGAGCAGCUAUGGGAAUGUGACAAAACUUGAAAUCUCUGUUCACACCCUUCGGACUGAGUAUAGUCUUGCUUUGGCCGAGUUCAUAGUAAAAUCAACCCAAUGUAUCAAACAAUAUGGUCGAAUGGAUUUGAAGAAGAAACCACGAGAUGUUCUUGAGGCUUCUUCAGGCGAUCCCAAUGCUGGGUUGUUGGUGUCGAUGAAAAUCAAGGAUAUAAGUGCAUUCUUCAUAAAUCACCACGAUGCUUGGUUGUUAAUAAGUUUGACGGACAUUGCCCUCACUCGGUCACAUCAAGUGUCCAACUUUCGUUUGGAGGAGUUCCAAAUGGCCAUAAUGAGAUCGAUGACAUCUUCGUCAUUGUCUCUCAACGAUUUCACAGAUAUAUUCGCAAAUGUCAAGAUUAUUCGCAUGGAAUAUGAGAAAUUCGAAAACUCGAGACCCAAAAUUUCGGUAUAUAUUCCAGGGAAUAGUGAGGCUACAUGGAAUUCGAAUUUACACAUGCAUGUGGUGACUCUUCUGAGGGAUAUAGGUGAAUUAAGAGCUGAACUGAACCUAUCCACACCAUCCAAAGAGUUAGAACCUCAACCACAAGAUCCGAAGAAUAAGUUAAUUCUUGAGAUAUCUGCAGAGAGGAGUACUCUCUUUGAGAUUAAAAUCUCAGAGCGACACACGAUGCAGUGGUUUCUGGAGAAUCUAUUUGUGAGUCGUAAGGAGGGAAAUUUCAUAUCGGCGGAGAAUAUUUUCAUAAAAAUCGACGAUCAACACAUUUUCACGGUCAAGGAUGUGGAUAUUCACUCGCUUCCGAAGCUCGAAAUGCUCACACAAGAAAGAGCCAAUUGUGAGGGUUUUGUUUUGGCCACAAAUAAGGUUUGGGUCACAACUAUUGGAGUUUUCAAGGCCAUUUUUCCAUAUGACCAUGACUUUUACGACGCAGUUCAACACGAAUUUGUGUCACUUUUCAAAUGGCUGAAGUUUGUGCAUAAUUUUAAAAAGAAACCAUUCACAGUGACUUCUCCAUUACCAAGUGAUUUGGUUAUUCAGAUCAAAGAGUUCCUAGUGGAAAUAAGUGACGAUCCUUUCGAGGUGAAGCUCCGGGAUAACUAUGUCCUCCUGGUCGAUGAGUAUUUGGAGAGUUUAAAGCGUAAGAAGUUGUUUGAGCAGAAAAUUGCUGAACGAUGUUCGGAGCGACUUCUUGUUCCUGCCGGCACCAUUGAGAGUCUUUAUGCAAAUCUUGUGAAAAAGAACUCGGAGAUCUAUAUACAGAGGUCGAAGAAGAUCAGUGUCAGUGGACCAGUUCGGACGCGUUUGUUGGCUUGGAUAAUGACCGAUGUUGAGAUUAUGGCUAUGGCGGAUACUUCAAUUCAUGGGACGGAGAAUGUGACGAGGAUUAUGAGAGAAAUCGAUACGGAGAGUCCUUGGCCAGAAGAGGGUUUAGAAUUCACCACUCUGUGGUGUCGAAGUGUUAAUGUUAGCUGCACUGAGUGGAAAUUUAUGUUGAGAGAUUUUCCUCAACCAAUGUUCUACGUGAAGGCUAUGCGUCUCUUUGGGACUCUAUGUGGAGCCGAACAGAUGGCCCCUAAGCGAGCGAAACGAGAUGUUGUCAUCGAAGUGGGACAUCCAUUUGGAAACGAUACGAUUCAAAGAGGAAUGACAGCGUUGAAAUUCUAUCAUGAUUUUGAUUGUGAGUUGGAUUUCUGUAGCUAUGCAUUUGGUCCAUGUUGGGAGCCGGUAAUGGCUCAAUGUAAUUUGAGCUUUGAAAAAAUAUCAGCUCCCUCAAAGGACCCGAGUCCGGUGUUGCCAUUCUGGGAUAAGUUAAGACUCCUACUCCACGGACGAUUGACUAUGAUUGUGAAGCAAUUCACAGUUCUGUUGCAUGCGUCCUUGGAUCCCUACAACACAACCGAGGAAAUGGAACUCACUUGGAAUAAUUGUGGAAUCGUGUGGACUAAUGCGAGGAUCAUAUUCAAGGGAGAGUUAAAUAUCACAGUUCGGACAGCAUCACGAUACGACGAUUGUAGGCUUCUGCAUUUUCCCAACUUGAAGUUGACAUUGAAGUUAAAAUGGAUUUGUCUAGCUAAUCCCAAUGAUCAUCAUGCGGUGAUUCCCUGCGCUCCGGACAAACUACCAGAGUAUUCGAGUAAUCAGGUUCAUGACUCUUUUCGUGCAUUUCGAUCUCAGAAUGUUAACAUUUGGAUCUCAUUUGAAACAAAACCAGUUCCGGGCGAGGACCCGGAGGUAGAUAUUCCAAGUCUUGUGUUGUAUGGCAGUACUUUGAGAUGGUUUGAGAGUUUGAAGUUGAUUUUAUCGGGAGUUACACGGCCGACGAGGCGAGGAUUGGUCUUCAACAAUGUUCGACCGAGGAAGAAGCAGCUGAGUAGACAUUAUAAGAGAGCCAAUCUUCAGAUGAGCUUGCAUAGAUUCCAAGUACUCUAUUGGAUGUCUCACGCUCUGCAGAAAGGUUUCCAGCUAAAUGGAGGCCGAGUCUCCUUCAGUUCGGAACAUUGCCUCAGUCUGUUUUCUGAUUUCGAUGAUGAAUUGAUUCAUCGACCGAGGGCGGAUUGGUCAACAGUUUACAUGAAUUGUGAGCUGAAUGAUGCCGAAAUUUGGCUAAAGAGUAUUUUGACGGAGAAACUCGAGAGCAGUUCGGAGAACAUCACCAACUCAAUUGUUCGUUUUUACUUCCUGAGUGUGGACAAAGUGUCAUAUGGACGGGAAGCCCUAAUUCCAAAUGAAGAGGAUUCGAAAGGCAAAAACUCCACACCCGCUCACAAGUUGGUCGUCUAUGAUUUGAAGGGUGCCUGGACGAAGAACAACAGAGAUGUUGCAUUUGCAUUGUUCGAUUCGUUUAUGAAGUCCCAGAAGUUGAAGAAUAAUCUCUCAACCGAAGCUGUGAAGGGCUUCCGAAAGGAAGCAAACUCGCACUUCGUCAAAAAUCAUCGAAACGAAAGUGGAACUGCUACACCAGAAGUCUUGCCAAUUGGAGGGGAGAAUGCUUCGACGACCAUCAAGAAACCUCAACAAACUAGUCAUGCUACGGCUAUGCUACAGCAGUUGAUCGCUGAGGCAGAUCACAAAUUUAAUGUCUACAGCGAUGAUCAGAGCACUCAGACGCGGGAGUUACUCUUGCAGGGACUCCAGGCGUGUAAUUCCCAGGAUAUCACCCAUGAGAAUUGGUCAAUAUCUCUUGUUAAUUCGCAGGUUUUACUUAAGGGAUGCGAAACAUCCGGUUAUGUUAUUAUAAGUGCAGCCAAAGCUGAGAUCCUGCAAAGGGUUCAUAAUCCUGUGUGGCGGGAUAGGUCGUUGGUCACAAAGACGACUUGGAAGGGCUUGUUGGAGUGCAUGCAGUACUAUGCCACUGUAAGCGCCGGAGAGCAUGAUUCUCUGCUGGAAAACGAGAUCAUGUGGUUGACUGUGGACAAUAUCCAGGAGAAGGAUAAAGAUGCUACUGUGAUCAAUGACUUGCCAGAUAUUCCACAUCUCGUGGGCAGUGGCCGCAGUGUGGGAGGUGUUGUUUCUGAGACAGUUGGAGCUUCGGCGGUGUCAGAUGCUGGAGAAGCACAGCCUCUUCAACUUCAACGCAUCGUAUCUCGGUGUAAAUGUGAGUUCUUCUAUGUGAGCUAUGGCGAUCCAAUUGAUCCGAGUACUAUUCGAAUGGUUCCACCGCCUCCAUCAGAAGAAACACUCAGUCCUUGGGAGAAACAAGAUGAUCCCGCUGACGCGUUCACCCUUAUGCAUCACGAUUUGGAUGUUUGUACAAACUCCCUGCAGUAUGCUAUGAUCCUGGACAUUGUGAAUAACCUUCUGCUAUUUGUGGAGCCUCAGAGGAAGCAGGCUCUUGAGAAGUUGGCUCGCAUGCGAUUCAAAUUGCAGCUUUACUCCAGUGAAGAUCAGAAAAGGCCCAUUCAGCAUUUACAAACCCAAAUUCGGAGUCUUUUGAUGAAGAUUCGUUCUCUCGAAAAAGAUAUCCAUUUGAUUGGCAAGGCACGUGCCGAGGAAGGAGAUUCCAGGGAACUGCGUAUAGAUUUCGAGCAAGUUCAGAAAUGCAUACGCGAGAGCAAGGAAGAGCUGAACAACCUGAGUGAGGAGUUGGAUAUGAUGUUGCUGUGCUACAAGGAAACCCAACUCUCGACCAUGAGCAAAAUAACCAACGUGAGAGCUAACAAAACGGUUUCGAUUGUCCGAGCCAAUGAGAUAUGUUUCAAGCGAGCUCAGUGGCGUCUCACAGAAACCGAUGGACAAAUCGGUAUCGCUGAUCUCGUUCUCAGUGGAUUCUUGUACACAAAGAAAUCCAAAAGCGAUGAUUCCGUGGAGCAUCUUUUGGAGCUUGGCAACAUUCGCAUGAAUAAUCUUAUCCCUCGAGAAAUCUACAAAGAAGUCAUCUGUCCCACAGAGAUUCAGAAAGAUAUGCCAGUUGACACGCAUAAGCGGGUCCUUCGAGUUUUCUGCCGGGAAAAACCUCCAGUGGGUGGGAUUUCGGUGAAGGAGCACUUCGAAAUAAACGUCGCACCCAUCACAAUUGCUAUCACCAAGAAAUUCUAUAGCACAAUGUUGAAGUUCUGCUUCCCCGAUCGUGAUGCCUCCGAGACUGAAACCGUCGAUGAUAUCGAAGAAAAUUCUUCGGGCUCUUCAUCGUCAUCACAGAAAUCUUCGAAAAAAGCAUCAAAAUCGAAGAAAAGCUCCAAAGACUCUGAAUUUUAUGUGAAGAUCGAAAAGGACGACGUGGAAAAGAUGAAAGAGCGAGCAGAAAAGAAUAAACUAUUCAUCUACAUUAAGAUUCCCGAGGUCCCCGUGAGAGUUAGCUACAAGGGAAAUAAGGAGAAAAAUCUUGAAGACAUUACAGAUUUUUCACUGGUCAUUCCUACGCUAGAGUAUCACAAUGUCACUUGGACAUGGUUGGAUUUGUUAUUGGCAAUGAAGUCAGUUAGCCGACGAGUUAUUUUGUCUCAGGCUAUAAAACAGAAGUUACAAAUUCAUAGAAGACAGCCUCUGACGUCGGCUGGGGAGAGGGCUUCACCUCAGGAGGAGGAUAAAGCUAAGAUGUUGUUUGGAAAUCGUUUAGCGAAUGAAAACCGAAGCCAAAGAAGAGGUGUCUUCAAAUUUACAGCAAAUAAUCCAAAGUAGUAGUAACAGAAGAAGAGGCAGAGUUUAGAAUUUAUUAAUAAUUCCAUCUACAUUUUACCAAUCCAGUGAUAUUAAGGACAUGUUUUGCAAUGUUUGAGUAAACUGAGUACCGACUUUUCAGUCAGAGGACGAUAAUUUUAAAUUUUUGUCCUGCUUAUGUGUUGAAAGGAUAUCUUGUGAAACAAGCCCUAAAACUAAUUAAAACAAACAAAUAGUCAAGGGUAGACAGAGGUACAUGUCUAUCCAAUUUAUCGUUUUCUUUCCGUUGAAAAAGUAUUAAUAGUAAAUUUUUGUUACAAUUAAAACAAAUUAUAGGUAUGUCACUCUAUUGCUGUAUGAAAUAAUUAAAAAAAAGAAACAAUAAAUUAAAUAUAAUUUAUUUUAAAUACAAA